GGCGGGGCGGUUCCACUAGGCUUACCAUGGCACAGCAACGUGGGGUCAACAGCCUGCGCUUCAACCAAGACCAGAGCUGCUUCUGCUGUGCUAUGGAGACUGGUGUCCGGAUUUAUAACGUGGAACCUCUCAUGGAAAAGGGGCAUCUUGAUCACGAACAGGUAGGCAGCGUGGGUCUGGUCGAAAUGCUGCAUCGAUCCAACCUCCUGGCGAUUGUGGGUGGAGGAGGCAACCCGAAAUUCUCUGAGAUUUCAGUCUUGAUCUGGGAUGACGCUCGCGAAGGGAAAGAGGGCAAAGACAAACUGGUGCUGGAGUUCACUUUCACCAAGCCAGCUCUGGCCGUCCGCAUGAGGCACGACAAGAUUAUCAUUGUUCUGCGGAACCGGAUCUAUGUGUAUUCCUUCCCUGACAACCCCGUCAAGCUCUUUGAGUUUGACACCCGGGACAACCCCAAAGGCCUCUGUGAUCUCUCUCCGAGCCUGGAGAAACAGCUCCUGGUUUUCCCUGGGCACAAAUGUGGCAGCUUGCAGCUAGUGGACCUUUCCAGCACAAAGCCCGGCACCUCCUCUGCCCCGUUCACCAUCAACGCCCACCAGAGCGAGAUCGCCUGCAUCUCCCUCAACCAGCAGGGCACAGUGGUGGCUUCCGCCUCUAAGAAAGGCACCCUCAUCCGCCUCUUCGACACCCAGACCAAGGAGAAGCUCGUGGAGCUCAGGAGAGGGACAGACCCUGCAACACUGUACUGCAUUAACUUUAGCCACGACUCAUCAUUCCUCUGCGCCUCCAGCGACAAAGGAACCGUCCACAUCUUCGCCCUGAAAGACACCCGUUUAAACCGCCGUUCCGCACUGGCACGCGUGGGGAAGGUCGGGCCCAUGAUCGGCCAGUACGUGGAUUCUCAGUGGAGCCUGGCCAGUUUCACCGUGCCGGCCGAGUCGGCCUGCAUCUGCGCUUUCGGCAGGAACACCUCCAAGAACGUCAACUCGGUCAUCGCUAUCUGCGUGGACGGCACUUUCCACAAAUACGUCUUCACUCCGGACGGAAACUGCAACCGGGAGGCCUUUGACGUCUACCUGGACAUCUGCGACGACGAUGACUUUUGAGCCCAGCUUGGCC